UGUUAAAGCCAGUCCCACCACAAGGCUCUGGAACCUGGUCCCCCAGUGGGCACCCCUCACCCAGCACCUAAGCACCCCCCCCCCCUUGGCUCGUGCCACCCUGACUGCUGCCCGGUUACCAAGCAACGGGAAACCUCGACUUCAAGCCUCUGAGCGAGAUGCUGGGGGCCAGGCAGUUGGGAAGUGCUUGAGUAGCAGAAAUGAGUCCAGAAAAGCAUCAUGAGCAAAAGGAUGAAGUCGACUGCAUUCUUCGUUCAGCGUCUAAGACCCUAAAUGCUUCUGAGGGAGUUAAAGAAAGUGGAGGAAGUGAACCAGAAUAUGGCUGCAUUUCAGAAAAUCAAAUUCAACCACGAUCAGCACUGAAAGUUCUUCAGCAUCAACUAGAAUCAUUCCAGGCUCUCCGAAUACAAACUUUACAGAAUGUUAGCAUGGUACAGUCUGAAAUCAGUGAAAUACUGAACAAAAGUAUUAUUGAAGUUGAAAAUCCACAGUUUAAUUCAGAAAAAAACCUAGAAUUCAACACACACAUGGAAAAAGUUUUGCUUAUAGAGAAUCAUGAGGAAAUACAUUCUAUGAGAAAAAUUAAUCAUUUUGAAGAUUCCCGGACUCUUCAUUCAAUGGAAGAAAAACAUAGUAGCAACAAUGGCAGCAAUUUCUCUCCAGGUAUAAACAUUUCACCCCAGAUAUGUCCCAAGGAUAUACUAGCUCUGAGAACAUCAACAGAAAAUUUUGCUUCAAGCAAAACUGUGAAUUCUUCAGAAAAUUCAGAUAUGUUGAAGAACUGUAAGAAUCUUUAUAGUUUUAUACCUAAUACACAGAAAAAUGUGACUUCUCAAGCUGAUACAUUAAUUCUGGAUAAACUCAAAAUUACUGCACCCUUUCUCAAGCAUGGAUUUUGUGAAAAUUUAGAUGAUAUUUGCCAUUCUAUCAAGCAAAUGAAGGAAGAGCUUCAAAAGUCACACAACAGGGAAUUGGCUCUUACAAAUGAGCUUGAAAUUUUAAAAGCUGACACAGAUGUUCAAAGUAGUGGUAAAUAUGACCCCAUUCACAAGGAGAAACAUAGCUUUAUUAAGGAAAGUAAGGAAAGUAACUUAAAUGAAGAUAUGAAAUCAAAGAGAAUUUCAGAACUAGAAGCAUUAGUACACAAAUUACUCCCACUCAGGGAAACAGUGUCAAAAUUCCAUGUGAAUUUUUGUAGGAAAUGUAAAAAGUUAUCUAAAAGUGAAAAACACAGGGGAAGGAAGAAUGAGAAAGACAAAGAAAUCCCUAUCACCAGCAAGAGUAUUACAGAUUUGAAAUUUCACUCCAGAGUUCCAAAGCAUACAUUACCUUUAUCUGACCCCACAAAAUGUGAUUUGAAAAGCAAAGAAAGGCAACCAUUUGUAGUAAAGCGAGGACUGAUAUUUGAAAAUGACAAAACAUCCCAAGUCAAUUCUGUUACUGAGCAAUGUGUUGAAAAAAUUCAGUACCUACAGAAUUACCUGAAAGAAUCAAUACAAGUACAGAAAAAAGUGACUGAACUUGAAAAUGAAAAUCUAGCCCUUAAAAACAAAAUUAAACCUCUUGUCUUGACCACACAAGCUCUGAUGCAGAAAACUGAAACAUAUGAAAAGCAACUUAAAAAUUUAGUUGAAGAAAAAAACACUGCUCUGUCCAAGUUAGUUAAAACAGAAGAUGAUAGCAAAGAAUGUUUUAAAGAAUUGACAAAAAUAAUAAGUAAAUAUAAUGCUCUCCAAGAGCAAAAUAAAACUCUAGGGGAAAAAACUAGUCAGCUUUCUUUGGAGAAACAACAAAUGAUAGAAAAAUUAGAUCAACUGAAAAGUAGGGAACACAAAACUCAAAAUGAUAUGGCCUUUGUUAAUAAUGAAAAUAAUCGAAUGAGUAUGGAAAUAGAAUCAAUGAAAACAAGUUUUCUGUUGUUACAGGAUGAAAAGGAAGCAUUAGAAAAGAAAACAUACCAGCUUGUACAGGAAAAAAGUUCACUUGAAAAUGAACUAAAAGAAAAUCAGUUAGAGGUUCUACAGCUAAAAGAAAAGGAAAGAUUAGCAAUAACUGAACAAGAAACACUUCUUGAAAUAAUAGAAACCAUUAAAAAUGAGAAACUUACUCUUGAAACAACAUUACAAGAAUCCACUACUGCUAGACAAAUGAUGGAAAGAGAAAUUGAGACUAUGCAAGCACACCAAUCUACUGCAAAAGAGAGUUUUCUGAAAGAGAUUAAAAAUGCAAAGUCAGAAGCAAGUAUUUAUAAGAAUAGCUUAUCAGAAAUGGGCAAUGAAUGUGAAAUGUUAUCAAAAAUGGUCAUGGAAAUUAAAACAGAUAAUCAGAUUCUAAAAGAAGAACUAAAAAAAUACAGUCAAGAAAAUAUAAAAUUUGAAAACAACAUCAGUAGACUUUCAGAAGACAAAAUACUUUUAGAAAACUAUGUGAGAAGUAUUGAAAAUGAAAGAGAUACCCUGGAAUUUGAGAUGCGGAAUCUUCAAAGGGAAUACUUAAAUCUAAGUGAAAAAGUCUGCAAUCAGAAGAGUGAUCUACCGAAAAUGGGUUACAUUUCAAAAAGAGAGAAGUUCCAUUUUGACAACUAUACUUAUAAAGACAACUCUGAUCCUAGUAGGCCUUUAGCUCCUGAUUUGAAAGGUAUGUGUGCUGGAUUGGUAAAAAUGUGCUAAAAUUCUUUGAGUUUAUGGGACACCAGUAAGGAUAUAGUAAAAAGAAUAAUUUCUUUAAAAGAUGAAUACAGCUUGGUAAUAUUUGUAUCUAAUUUGCCAUACAGUGCAUUUAGAAACUUCAUUUUGAUGAAUUCAUGUUUUUAUUUAUAUUACUUUAUAAAAUAUAUAUGUAAGAAAACAACUUUAACAAGAAACAGGCAGGGAGAGGUAAAUUUUUUUUUUCUCAAGUACAAUUAGCAUACUCACCUUUAAAAUGUCUUUUUUUUUUUCCAGGAAUUUCAAGUAACCACUAUCAAUUCCAUCCAUCCAAAAUGUGUGAAUAAAUUUUUAAAAAUCAAUGUUU